AGAGACUGAAACGCUCGCUCUCCUUCAAGACCAUGAUGCGCAGUAAGAGCGUGGAGAACUUCUUUCAGAGGUCCUACAGCGACGCUCGACUGCCCGCAGACUUCAUCACCGACCCGCCGCCGCCCUCUCCCCCGCUGCCACCCGGCUCCCCCCUCGUUGGCGAGCGCUCGCCCUCCAUCUCGCCGUCUCUUAGCCCCAACCUUUCCAUCUGUUCUCACUCCCCGUCUCUCAGCCUUUCCCCGUCGCUGCCUGCCAAGCCACCCCGAGCUCAGAUUAACCACUGUUUUCAGGACCACAUCUUUCGGAAGCCCACCAACUGCCAGCACUGCAAGCACAUGAUAGUGGGUAACUCCAAACAAGCUCUGCGGUGUAAAACGUGCAAGAUGGCUGCGCACCUGUGGUGCACGUCAGAACUGUCGCAGCAGCAGUGCCAUGGAAAGUCUGGAGCAUUCAAGCGAAACUUCAGCUCGCCGAUGCUCGUCAAUGACCAAUUGGCUGUCGUCAAGGAAGUUCAGCCGUGCCAAGAGGCUGCGAGGAUGCGUGUAGACCCUGUGUACGCUGCCUUGCGCUACGGGACGUCCUUGGCACAGAUGAGCCGCUCCAGUUUUGGCAGUUUAUCAGAAUCACCAACACGCAGCUUGGGGGAUGUAGGUGAGGAGAGGCAGGAGAGACAGUGCAGCAUGGAGGAGGAGAUGACUCAGGAGACAGGGGAAAUCCUCUCGACCCUUCAAGAUGAUCCCGUCCCAGAGAAAGAGAUGGAGAAGGAGAAGGAGAUGGAGAUGGAGACGGAGAAGGAGGCGGAGCAGAGCGGCGAGCCGGCUGAGAUUCUUGCAGAGGACAGCGUUGCAAAGGUGCCCAAGCGCAUUGAGGUCCACUCCAUCCACACCUAUGUAGCGCUCUACGGGUUCCUGCCUCAGGAGCAGAACGACCUGGAACUACAUCCUGGCGAUCGGGUGCAGGUCACAGACGACUCUAAUGAGGAGUGGUGGAAGGGUAAAAGUGGUGACAGAGUUGGCUUUUUCCCCGCCAACUUUGUGCAAAGGGUCCGACCAGGAGAGCGUGUCUGGCGGGUCAUCCAGGGUGUUCCAGGAAAUAGAGAAAAAGGACACAUGGCAGUGAGGGAGUCCCAGAUUUGUGUUGGGAAGAAAGAGGAUGGGGAAACGUUUCUGAAGCUGAGCAGUGGAAAGAAGAGAGGUCUGGUCCCCGCCGACUCCAUAGAGGAGAUCUGAACAUUGCUGCACUUCUGCACUCAGAUUCAAACUGGCAGCACCGCGCUCCCGGAGAAACGGCCGUCCGAGCCUCUGCAACUGCACAAAAAAAAAAAGAGAAAAAAAACCCCAACACACACUCCUGCAAAGAUCCAACUCUACCAUCUCUGAUAAACUUCUUUUUUUUUUUGUCCUGAGAGAAUUUAUUGACCACUGUCCUGCUCUUAAGGACGCCGAGUGACUCAGCGUUUAGACAAAGGGUAGCAGAGGUAAAUGCGGCUUCAAGUAUCUGGAACGGAUUUAGUUCGGCUCGUCAAAAUCACUUCUCCGACGGUGGGAGGAGGAUGAAUCCUGCUAUGGGAACAUCAUGCUUGUGUCAGUGUCCUUUUUCUUGCUUCUGCCCACUCUGUGUGUCUCAUCACUAUCUGCUCAUUUCAGGGCAUUUUUUUCCCCCCCUCUGGGGGCUGUUACCACGUACUGCUCGCUGCAGCUACAGACUCUUUGCGAGGAACAACCACUGCCAUCUACUGAAAGCAACACUGCCACAAGAGAGACUCCGGGAUGAGAUGGGAGGAGGUUAUGCAAACUUAAACCCUGCGUCAGACAGUGCUUUAAUGAAAAACUUGGACGAAUACAGAACCGGAAUUGACUUUUUAAAAGGAAGAUUAAAGGACCCAAGGACAUCGUCACGGACGCUCAAAUCUGUAUUUUUUCCGACGUUAUCCUGGUGUGCAGACAUAUCUAAAAUAUGACACACGCACACACACAAAAAAAAGAUUUCGGCUUCUUUUAAGCUCUGAUCUGAAACCUGUGAUCACAUAAUAAACAAUGGUGUACACACCCAUGUUAUACUAUGACACUUAUCCUGUAAAAUCUACCCUAAAACCACCAAAUCUGUUAGAAAAACAGAAAAGGUGCGAUGACCUGGUUGCACAAGUGUAAGUUGCAUAAAUUACGCCCUUAGACUACAAGUUCACUGGACCAGCUUUUGCAAAUAAAGGCUAUAGUUAAAAAAUGUAAAUUAAUUAAUUGUUUUUUUUUUUCAGGUUCACAAUUGGCGUGCUCCUCAUUACUGUUGUCAAGUGAGCCUCAAAGACAGCUAAAAAUCCUGAAACUGAAUCCUGAGGUGCUUGAACAAAGUAUUUAGCUCCAAGGUGUGCACACUUAUGCACCCAGGUUAUUGCGCCUGUUUUUUUUUUAAAUGGUUGCCCCUCCCUCGGAUUGCUUUAUUUCACAGUUGAAUGGUACAGGAUAAAUGUUACAUCAGAUAUGCAAAAGUGUUUGAAUUAUUAAUCUCAGCCUUUCUUUUUACAAAGAAAGUGUAGCUACACCUUUGGAUCUUAUAAUUCCUGUUCCUGUGGAAAAAGAAAACUCAAAGGAAGUCAAAAGAACCGAAAGAUUUAGAAGGAACAGUCGGGUAUUUCUGGAGCUUUAUUAUGUGAGCACAGACCAGGAGAAAAAAAGAAAAAAAAAAAGAAAAGGUGUCAACAAGUGGUGGAAGUUGAAAGCGGAAGACGCUGUCCUCCUGUUUUCACACGCCAGCUCGCCGAGCACAUGAAGGUCGGUGCCUGGUGAGACUCGCUCCACUGUCCCAGCGGGCGAUGCAAGCGUUGCCCGGCAUUUAUUUAUUUAUUUCUUUUGGUUUUGUUUUUAUGUUUUUUAACACACUGCAGCUAAAAACAGCAGGAAAUAAAGCUGGUCUGCCAAGGUUCCUGAGAAUAAAAAAAAAAGAAAAGGGAAAACAGCAACAUUUAAGGGCUGUGACAAAGAGUUUAAGUUUAUCUGACAGUUCAGAAGAGGAGGUGGCGCAGAAAGAGAGAUGACGGGAGCGUUGAACCGUUAUGAGUCAGCGUGCAUUGAGGAAACACUGUACCCAUGGGUGCAUGGCAGUCAUUCAUUGAUCAAAUGUCAGCCUGCCUCCCCCCCCCCCCCCUCCCAGUUUGGCCCUUCUUGUCCUCUUGUUAUUGAUGUGACUGGUCAGCUCUGGCAUAGAGCGAGCACAUUUUCUUUGCUUGGCACCCAGAACACUUUGGAUAGUUUAGACAUCUUGCAACCAAUCUGACGCCCUGCAACCAGCGAGGCGCACCGUUUGCAUGCAGAAGGCAAAUAAAACUUGAAGUAGAGAGUAGAAGUCAUGAAAAGAAUUAGCUCAUUUAGGCAACAGAAUCCCUUUUCUGUUAGCAUUUCACGCAUCGAAGAGGCGUAACCGACGAGCAUCUUCUCCUGUAAAAAAAGUCAAAGUAGCAUUUUAUAGGGAUUUUUUUCACACCAUGAUCUUAGUCAUCAAAUAAUAUUGCAAUUUUUUAAAAUUUUUUUUUUGCAGCAUAAGACUUUUCAGGUUAUUAGUUUGUGUCUUUUCAUCAAAAAGAAGCAUAGACAGAAUAUCUGCAGCAUCCCCUGCAGUUAUCAUCACCCUUUUAAAGAUGCGUAAAAAGCCUUAUAAUAAUUAAUCCUUUUAUUGGAGCAGCAUGAUCCUACACUUUAAAUACAUUAGAAAAAUGAAGCCUUUACUUUAAGAACAUGAACUCAGUCGGUGAAAAUAAAUAAAGUGUUUAUUUAGAUCCCAGAUGUCACCAUUUUUCACAUUCCUAACAUUUCCUAUAAAACUGACGUGUCUUUAACAAUUUUUUUUACUUCCCAGUUUUUAUCAGUGUCUUUAGAUGGUGUUCAAGCAAGGUGUCCAUCUCCAGGGAAUAGUUACAAAAACAAGCAGCUGGCCAAUUCUUACGCAUAUCUGACUUCAGAGCAAUAAUCGAAGAAGGCACAAUCAAAUGGGGCGGUAAGAGACAAGGUUGUUACAGGACCCAAUCAUAUAUAUAUAUUUUUGCAAAAGCAAGCAAAAUGGUAACAUUUAAAAAAGAAACAAACACAGAAUUGAGUACAAUCUUAGCUUAGGUCUAAAGGUAAAGCGAUCAUUAGAUGCUAUCUAAAUGCCAGCCGUCUGUUUGAAAGGUUCCUUCUCCUUACGGGGACUUUAACUAGAACUGAGUGCCUUGGUCCAGUGAUACUGAACCUAAAAUUUUGAUGCCGGAACCGGAAUUUGGUCUGGCAUAAAACAGAAGGAAAAUAUACAAGAAUACUUAACGUCUAAUGUUAAGUACGGUGGAGGAUCUGUGAUGCUGUGGGCACGUUUCUGUUCCAUAGGCCUUCGGCUCCUAGUUGGGGGGAAAAGCAUCAUAAACAGUUUAAAAUGCCAGUGCAUUUGAAAUAAAAAUCCUGUGAUCUGUGUAAGAUCACAGAAGAGGGUUAUUAGUGGGGGGUUUUUUAGCAGGAAAAUUAUCCUAAACAUGUGGGCAAAUCAACACCAGACCAUCCAACAGUCGACCUUCAUUUCGUGACUACAUCAGCGCAUAGACAGAAAUCCUGUUGAAAACCUACGAGAUGAGUGCUGUUGCAGGGAGGUAGCACUUUUGGGAAAGAAAAUUUCUUAAUAGAAAUCCACCCCGUAAGAUUUCUCUUUUGUAGUUCAGUGUGAAAGCAAUAAAGCAAACUUCCGUUAAUGCUUUUUAAACAUCUUUAGCACGGGGUAGCAGUAACCACGCAGGGGUGCUGCCGUGUAAAAGCGUCAGCUAGUCUUGGUACGUGCCAGCACUCGUCGUUCUCCUACGCCGCGUCGGGUUUGUGUCGCAUCGCAUUCCUCAGAUUUCCAAAUGUAAACGUUUGAACGUGUCUUGUGUCACGAGUAAAUGUCCGGCAACUUACCUCAAUAAAAUGUCUUUACACGAC